CCAUCAUUUAAAUUACAAAAGUAAUGGUUUGAGCGCUGUUUUGAUGUGAACUGACAUGGAAAUAAUGUCUUGACGUAGUCCCAGUAUCCCUAUAAAAAGGAAUUGUAGAGGGUCCGAACUCAAACAGUCCAAGAAAACGUUUUAACCCAGAAGGAACUUAAACAUUUAAGACAAAAUGUUAGAUACUAAAAGGUGUUUUAGAAUAGUACUGCUGAUGAUGACAAUAUGGUGCGUAUCAGACGGCGCUAGUUCAUCACUCAAUAACCGCUGUAAGCUGAAACGAUAUACACAUAAGGCUGUACAAACGGAUUUUAACGGUCUUCGGUGUUGGGACGAUGUAAAGAUUCUCUCAUGCUGGGGAUUCUGUUUGUCUUAUGAGAUCGCGCAUUGGCAAUUUCCAUACAAGGAAUCUCAUCACCCUGUAUGUGUCCACGGCGAGAGAAAACAUGCCUCUGUCAAACUACGCCAUUGCGAUGCCGGUGUAGAACCCGGCACUGAAUUAUACCACUACGUUGAAGCAGUUAAUUGCAAAUGUCAGGUAUGUUCAUCAGAAGACACCAGCUGUGAAUGGCUUCCACCAGAUUCACCUUUUGGAGGUUUAAUAAGAGAAGACGUGGAUGGAAUGGAAUAAAUAAAAUGUUUUUGAAGUACCCAUGGUGAAAGUUCAUGACCGGAUAUUAUAACUAAGCAAGUUACAUUUUGUAAUAAAUAA